AUGGGCUCUCUUAGUCUCCCCCGUUUAUACAUUCUUGAUACAGACCUCAUCAACUUCCCCAAUCCCAACAAAGGUCGCAUUCUGUCAUGCAACACAGAUGGCUCAGACCUUUGCACAAUAUUCGACAACAUCUCUACGAUGCCCGAUGGUAUCGCUAUCGACCAUAACAACGGCUGGAUGUAUUGGACAAACAUGGGUCCUACCUUCAAGUCCAAUGAUGGCUCUAUUGAACGUUCGCGACUAGACGGCUCCGAGAGAACAACCAUCGUCGCGUCAGAUACCAUUGGAGUCCAUACCCCAAAGCAGCUGACUAUCGCGACCAAGAGUAGAAAACUUUAUUGGUGCGAUAGAGAAGGCAUGAAGGUCAUGCGCUGUAACCUUGAUGGAUCUGAUAUUGAGGUUCUUGUUUCCACUGGUUCAACAGCAGAAGACCAGAAGGAUAUGUCUCGAUGGUGUGUAGGUAUUACCGUCGACGAGACAAACGGAUACUUUUACUGGUCCCAAAAGGGGAACCCCAAGGGUAGUCAAGGUCGCAUCUUCCGCGCCAAGAUCGACAACCCAUCAGAAGUCCAAGUUGUAUUCAUCAACCUCCCCGAACCCAUCGACCUCGAGAUCGACGAGGACACCCAAACAUUAUACUGGACGGACCGUGGAGACCCGCCCAAGGGCAACUCCCUCAAUCGCGCCUUUGUCGGUGGAACUCCCAAGGCUGAUGCUUCCGAUCGGGAGAUUCUAGCCAGGAGAUUGCAUGAGACGAUCGGACUCGCAUUGGAUAAGAAGGCUUCGACAGUAUAUGUAACGGAUUUGUCGGGCGGUGUUUACGCGCCACAACAAUUCAGCAUAAACCCCUUUGCCCACAUCUUCAAACUGUCUUUGCCAAAUACCAUGAACAACUCUCAGGAACAGGACCAGCUCCUCUUCCAGGAAGCCUUUUGGGAUCCAAAACACCAAAGUCUUUCGCUCGGAAUGCCCUCAGAAAAACUUCCACCUCGGCGAACCAGUAUUGCAAACACUGGUCAGCACCGGCAAGAUCCGCCUUCAUCUUCACAGGAUGAUCCAUCUUCACAGGAUGAUCCAUCUUCAGAGGAUGAUCAAUCUUCUGGGGACCCGAUGAAUAAUCCUGCAAAUUGGGCAGGCUCGGGUCCCAACGAUGCAAUGACAGAUCGGACGGGGGUACAGAUGUCUGCUACUGCCCCUGGAUUUGCUGAUCAAAUGAGGACAGCUAUCCCCCAACCCCUCUCUAAUGGAUGUUAUCAACCAUCCUUGAACAUCUCUCUUUUUGACAACACCAUUCCCCCAACUUGGUUUACCCCCGAACACCUAGUGCAAUAUCGCCAGGCUCUGUAUAACACAUACAUGCAGCAUUAUAAUCAGUCUCUGUACUAUGAGAUGCGACACCCUGCCUGGAAAGAUUACAUGCAGCAGGAUUUUCAAUGGGCUCCUAUCGCUGCAAAUGGGUUCAACGAAGUUCCAAUUAUACCAGAGCACAACAAUUGUACUUCUGGGUAUCAGGCCUACGGCGACACUGGAGAAACGGGACUCACGAAUGACACUGUUAUGCAGUCUCCCCAAUCCGCUGGUUCGAUGUCUCCUUCGUCUGAUCCGUGGAAAGUGUCCAGACUAGCCUAUCAAACUCUGGAGAGAACGGAACUCAAGGUGGACAAAAUCAGGGAGGCUCUGAGCAAGCUUGAGCGAAUCAAGCCUAGCCCCGGGUCAAGUGGUGUCAACAAGAACAUUUCCCAAUCUAACGAGGAAAAUUCUAGAAGCGUAUCCUGUCCGAUCCCAAGCACUUCAACGUCACCAGACGAUGAGAGCAUGGAUGUUUCUCCAGAUGGAAGUAACAUCGAAAAAACAACCGGGAAGACCAGAGAAACUCCCUGCUCAAACAACCCUAUCUGGAAGUACUACAUCACCCACCCUUCAAAGAAGAUCAAACCGGCAAACAGCACAGAGGAAAUGGCAACAGUCCACGCAAAGCUGCUUGCCCGAUCAAACCUCAACUCCAAGCCUUGGAACGGCAACCUCAGCGACCUCGUAGCCGUGGGCCGUUACCCUUUCAAUGAAUUGGAAGACAACACAGGCAUACGAGACAAGGUUUACAAUCUCUUCCGAAACAUACCCCAUGUAUCCAUCGAGAUGUGCGGGAUCAAGAAGGAAAAGAGCGGAGAGAACGAAGAGAAGAGAGAGAACGAAGAGAACAAAGAAAACAAAACAAAUGUCAAGCUGAUGGUACUUGUUUCACAAUCCACUGCACUUGCUAGGUGGACGGAAGCUCAACUUCAACUUCUUGCCACGCAUCUGAAAGAUCUGUUCGCCGAGGUGAACCUUGAUUAUGUGGAUGUUGAGAUAUGGGCGACGAAUUUUGAACUGAUUGUUGUCUAG